AUUUGAAGAAGUGUGUAAACUUAUGACGGCGCUUGGCUAUUCAAAUGAUUUACGGUAACGAUUAUCUUUUCUGUAGCAGAGCAGCUGGUCGUUUGGAUAGAAAAUGUCCCGAAGUGUUGUUUCCCCGGCCCAGGCACCAAUCGAAGUGCAGGAUGAUAGCGUUGCGACCACAUUAAAAGUGAUCAUGGAUGUAUUGAAGGUGAGAUAACUUAAAAAGCGAAAUUAAAAGUCCUACGAGACUUUUUAUCGCUUUAGUGGCAUCACGCUAAUUAUCACUGUCUUUGAAAAGCUUUAAUAACCUUAAACCUCUUUCCGUUUAUAGUUACAGAAAGAGCGGGAUAAACAGCUAAUUUUCGACGACAAAAGUUACCAUGUAAUGCGAUGUUCGAAGACUUACAAGUUUUGUGAAUUUCGCGUCACUUUCGUUUGAUCGAUCAAACCUUCAGGAAAGGCGAAGCGUCUUGUAUGCAUUCCAAUAUUGUUUGCAUUGCUCCAAAACAUCUACUGAUAGCAUCCAUCGAAGACGGGGGAUCAAAUUUUUUACGAUCUCUUUGUAGUAGAUUUUACACAUUUUUAAUGAAUUUUCCUCUCGAAUUGGUCGAAAGCAAUUGUGAAAAAAUAUUCACAUUUCGGGAAAGUAAGAAAUAUCAAAGUUAAUUUUAAAACCAGAGGGUUUAAUUAUAGUCAGGUAACCGUUGUUUAGCGGGUCUAUGUUUACAGAAAAACAGCUGUCUAGUUCGUGAAUGCAAAAAGUGGAAUUCAUUAUUAGUUAGCGCAAAAAAAUAAGUGCUUUUAAAUUUGUUUUACUUCUUGAAAGAUGAUCAUUAUCGUGAUGUAUUGUUAACAGAAAUGCUAUUGUGGCCCAUCUCUUAGUGAUAUGUUAAAUUAUCCUAAAAAGUCUGCUGAGGGAAUAAUGAAAAAGUCAAAGUUCAAAAUUGAAACAGCUUGUUGACAUGACAGUGAAACAGCUGAUGUAUCUUUCCAGAAAAAUAGAGGAAACUUCAACGUUUAUUCAUACACUCUGAAAAUGAUAAUUUUCUGAUCGAUUUAUUGAUCCAUAUAUUUUUUCCUGAUAGAGGAGUGCCUGCAGAAUUUUUUGAAAUUGGUGUUGAACAGCUAGGGUUAAAAAUUAUAUGAAGAGUUGCUUCCAUUUUAUUUUCUCUUCACUGCCAUAGUGGAAAGUUUUAACAGGGAGUUACAUUUAUUCUAAAUUGGUCUUCAGAGGGGAGAUCAGGGGAGGAGGGGGGGGGGGUUCAGGAUGCUAGCUGAGAAGGGGAACUUUGUAAUUCCCAUGUGAGUUCAACCUGAUUUUUCUUCUUUUAAGGAAGCAGGGUUCAGUUCAAAACUAGCUUCAGAUCUGCUUUAAAUUUCUUGUUUCUAAUGUUUACUUCAGGGAUGUUCUCAGGGUUUUUUAGUUUUUCUCUCUCAAAAAAAUGUACCUUGCAAAUUUUUUAUCAAACCUGAAACAUAAAUUUAAUUUACUUUAGAGGGUUGUGAUGCAAUUCAGUUCUUUGGUAUAGCUAAUAAUUGUGACAAAUAGAGUCAGAAAAGCAGAUUCCUUUAAGGACAUGGGUGUGAAGAGAGAAACAGUCUGUAAACAGAAGGGAUGAUUGAAUAAAGUCACUUUUGGGGCAUCUCAUUUUUUCAAUGGAUUUAUAUGAUCCUCCACUAACUGAAAAUCAAUGAUGAUUGGAAAAAUUCCCACUUGCUAUCCAGUAAUGAUGUCUAAAUGGAACAGUAAAUUGUGUUGGACUAGUUGAGAACAAAAAUUGAGGAGUACCUCUAAUGAUUGUUUGUUUGGUCAGAAACAGAAACUUUGGCUAAAUGAGAGGUGCUUGUAGAGAAAGAACAAUUUAGAAACAUCUUUGAUAAGAGGGCAGGGAGAAGAUAGGGGAUACCUAAUGGAACAUUUGAACGGUUGUCUUAAUGGUUUUGACAGAAUAUCUGGGUCUCAAUGGUAUGAUAUUGUCAUGGAAUUUGCAAAUAAAUAUAAUUUUGUUCUGUCUUUUGUUGUAAGACAACAAAUCUAUUUAUCCAUCCUCUAACUCCCAGAGAUGAUUGUUUCUUCUCCUCAUCAAUGCAUAAUCCAGCUAAAAACUUAUGAAACAUGGCACAUAUUUGCAUGUGCUCAAGCAUCCAAAGUGUUAAAAUCUAUACACAGUCUUCCUCAGGUUUUCAAACCUUUUUUACAUGAGCAUUUCACCUGAAACUGAGCAGAUUUCAUUCAUUGGUAUUUGUUGUUUCUUUUGCUGUUUAGUCUCAUGAAGGCUCCAUAAAAGAAUUAAGAAAUUUCUUGACUUCCCAUGGAAAAAGCCCUGCAGUAGUACCACCUCUUUUAAAUGUAAGUACUUGACUGUGGAAAAUUGGAGACACUGUGGCCCUUGUGGUUAGAUCACUGGCCUCCAUAUAGAAAGGAGCAGGUUCCAGCUCCCCAGAAGAAGGUUUUGUUAUUUUCUUGGGCUAGAUGUCCAACUCUCACAGUUACAUCCUCUGCCCAGUAACUUAAAUGGGAACUGUCAAUGAAACCUGGUGAGAUGCUGGGGAGAGUGGCAGGGGAGGUGGUAACCUGUAAUGGACUAGUAUCUCAUGGGGGAGGACGGAGAACAAUAAAAUUAUCGGUUGCUUCAUGCAAUUAGAACUGGGUUAUAUUCCUAGAAGGUGAUAAGUAUUAUGGAACAAAGCUUUUCUAACCUACCUGACUGCAGCACUACUUGUACGUCAAUGAUUGGAAUCUAUUUUUACUUGUGGGGCUUCACUGUCAGUCAAAAGUGCUAUCGUGAUCACAUAAUGACUAAAAAAACUGAAAGAAACAAUUGACCAAUAGGAUUACAAGACACCUACAGAAGAUUUCUUGUUUACAGUUUCAUAAUUUUCAGGCUCUCAUUUGCUUCUCCUCAGGAUAAAAGAUUCUGACAAGGGUCUGAGACUUUUUUUUUAUUAGUUUCAUAAGUUUGUCAGUGACUGGGGGUGGCACUUACUAUCUGGUGGCAAUCUUUUUGAUGAGAAGGAAGAAAAUUAUUUCAGAAUAAAUGAAGAAUUCUUGAAAUAUAGGGUGUUUCUAAUUUGAACUUUUAAACGUUUUUUACUCACUAACCCUAGAUAUAUGACAUGAAUGGAGAGGAGGAGCCAGUGAAAGAUUUACAUACAGAUGACAUACCAGACAACCAAUCAGAAGCCUCAUCAAUUAUGUCAAGCCGGACCGAGUAUCAUGAGCUACCAACAAGAUCCACUUUAAUUAACAGUACUGGUAUAUCUAGUGCUGCUAAUGGAAUGCUGCCACUUUCUGAUUUGAGUCAUCAAAGAACCAUAGGCAAGUACUUUGAAUGAUGAAAGCUUGUUGUGAUGGCUGACAAUUUUUAAUGAGUGAUAGCCUGUUCUUAUGAACCUUGCCAAAUAUUACAACAAGUAACACUAUCGGCAAGUAAAAAUUUGUGUAAAUAGUUGACCACCAGUCAGUCAAUGACAGCCUGACAUUCAAGCAAUGUCAUUAUGUCCAUGAAGUAAACUUGAAUGACUGUCAUAGACAGCUAUUGAGUGUCAGUUAACCAUUAGCAGAGAAGUUGAUUACUUAGUAUCUGUCAACUAUUAGUUCACUAUCAGUCCGCUUCGCCUGCCUGUGGAAUACAUGUUGCAAUGAUUCUAUAACCAAACCAAGGAUUAUAUUUUUAGUCAAUACUUGCAGUAAAUGUUACUGUCUUUAAAAUAUUAUAACAAAAAACUUACAUUUAUGAGACUAUGAAUGUGUCUGGAGUGUUGUUAAAUAUCCAAUAAGUAGCACCCAAGCUACAUCAAAGUUUUGCAUGGUUGAAAUGAUGGUCUGAUGCCCAUGUGGGGUCAGACAGUGACUGAACUUUACCAAACGGGACAUUUAUGAGACUCAGUAUUUAAAGUACGUAGGAUACUUUGUCUUCAGAAGGUUGAUCACAGCACCACCAUGACGGUGCUCAUUUUCAGUUUUGAGGGUAUUUUGUUUUAAUUAAAGUGACAUGUUGGAUCCUAAAUUUGACUCACAGUCUCCAGUCCAAAUGGUCUCACAAGUACCCCGGCAAAGCCCUACUCCUCCCCACAACAUUUUCCUCAAGCAAGAACUGCCUUAUUUGAACAGACACCAAAACUGGACCUUUCAGUUUCCACUGUGCACGCUGAUGAACAUCAAGGUUAGUUUUUCAUAUACAUAUAAUAUCUAACAAAUGAUAUGAUCGCUUGAAAAUGAUACUAUACAUUGAAAAUGAUUCAGUAUGUGUACUAACUAGAUGUGAAUAUGAGCACAUGAGUUGGACUUCAAGAGGAAGUGGAUGUGAAAACAAAAUGAUUUAAUAGUUAAGGGGUUUGUGGAAGUUACAGUAGGGUGUGUUCUUGACUUCUCACAACAAACGUUUGGAUAAUGCAUGGCCAUGAGCUCUGAGGAGAAAGUGUUUAAACUCCUCUUAAGUUACUCUAACACUCUUGGAUGGACUCUAGAGGGCUAAAGGAAAAGUAGCUUUCCCAAAGGGAAGGAAUACAGAGGCAGAACUCUGAACUCUAAACCUUACUCAUUAGCAAAUAUCAGAGUUUCCAGAGGAUGGACAAGAAUUGAAAGUGAUGGUGAUUGCAAAUCAUGAUCAUGAAAGAAAGAGAAUAAUGGGAAAACCAACUACCCUAAACCCUAACCAACUUAACCCUUUAACUCCCAAGAUCUCAUUAGUAAUUCUCCUUACAGUCUGCCAUAUAGUUCUCAUGAUGUUUGUUUGGAGAAUUUGGUAUUGGAUCAACUUACACUCCCUUAAUUUAUAUUUUUAUUUAUUCUCAUCACUUGUCUGCUUGAUACUGUAUUGAUAUUGUAAGGAGAAACUCUGUCUUGGUCACUCAUGGAAGUUAAAGCGUUGAAGACUUUUUGCUGAAAACUGCUUGUUAGGAUGUUUGUGUGUGGCCACCUUUGAGCCAAAUUGCUUCUAAGAUUUAUAUCAUAAAUGUUGCUGGAACAUAGAAAUAUAAGAUGCUUUUGUUGCUUUCUGUGCAAGAAUGUCAAACAUAAUUUUGGAAAUAAUUUUUACUCCAAUUAACGCUCACUCUGAAGCAGUAAUGGGUGUAAAAGGAAGUUUUCAAUCAAUUUUUCUACCAAAUCAAAGGUCCUACAGUUCAUGUUUUAUCACAAGCAACAAAUGGCAAUCAUUCAAGUUUAGUCAUCACCUGAAAGAUAAUUUCCUGCUGUAUAACAUAAGAGAAGUAGUUGAUACCCAGCUUCAGGUCAUUUUGGGAUUAUGGUGUAAUUGACAAAAGGGGUAACAUCACUCAAGGGUGGUGUGAGGGGAAAUGAUUACGUCAUGAGUGACAAAAAAGUUGCAUUACUCUGGAGUUUCAGAGAUUUAAAAAAAAACUAAUUCGUUUGUUUCUUUAUCACAGGGAAAAUCAGUUCAAAUUCCAGUCAGCCAUAUAAUCUACAUAUGCCACCAGUGAGGUCACAUAAGGGCUCUGAAUUGCACAAAUACAGUCCAUCACCGAGUUCCAGUUAUUCUGGUAAAGGAAACUUGAAAACGUUAUGCAUAAUUUUUACUGUAAGUACAAUUUUACCAUCAUUGAAUCAUUUAAAGGAGCCAGGUCCCUUUUUGUCACUUUUUCAGUUGUUGCGCUGAGUACAAAGAUUCAGUUGCUGGAAAAUCAAGGUUAGUGCAACAGUUCUAAAAUUUGAAGUGAAACGUAAACCCAGUGAUCUGCGAUAGAGCUUAAGGUUUGUAAUCAGAUGAUGGACAUUUAGUAACUUAGGACAGGCUCCCUGCUACUGAGGACGUGCCGUUAGCGGGUGGGCGGGGUUCUUUCUCUCACUCCACCUUGAUAUACCGCUCUUCCCUACAAAAGAAACGGACUGUGUGAAACUGGCUAGAGAUUUAUGGGAAAGGCUGCUUUGCAGCAAUGUUCAAUAGAGUGUUGAAGCAUAUCCCGGCAUGCUCUGAUUUCGCAUUACAUUGCAUCGUUCGAAUGCGCUGAAUUUGCUUUACACUGGUUUUACUCUUUGCUUUACUCUGUGAUUGUUUAAAAAAAACUCCUACCAUCCUGUCAACCAAUCAAUCAAAAUUUAAUAGUUUCCUUCGAUUGAGUGUCGUAAAACCAAAACCAAGGUAUGCACAGCAGUCAAUCAGAACAAGGGAAACACCGCAAGGAGCCCAUGAUAAUUCCAAGCAAAAACAAGCAAACUGCCGUGGUUGUCGUGGUUGCUUUUAGUUUUGCAUCUGAUUGGUCAAGAGGGUGGCGCAAGUUUUCUCGACCAAUCACAGAUAGCAAAAAUGCAGAAGAAUCCAGUUCUGGAUUACUUUCCACACCUAGUUGUAAAUUUGCUUUUAAAGCAAAAGGUGAAUGAGUGAGUGAAUUUCCUGCGCUUGAGGUGUACUUUGUCUUCGAGUUUUUCUGCGCUUAUUUUGCUAUUACUUUAUUUCCUGUCUUGCCUUUUUCACGAUUGCCCUUCCAGGGGUUUUGGUUCACGACACUCAAAAAAUGCUCUGUGUGAUGCGGUAACUUUGUUGCAUUCAGUGUUUAGGCUGGUGUGAUCAGAAAUUAUUGUGCGUUUUUAUUCCUUUAGUAUCGGAAUGGGGAGAUAUUAUUGAUGAAAUGUCAGACCGCAUGGCCAAUCAACCCUCCCUUAUUAGGAAGUUUGCAAAGGAAAGGUGAGAAAUCAUAAAUAAACGACAAAAGAUAUUUCAUUACAACAAAUUUAACAUCCUGAAAAAUUAUUACGAACGCAACAUUUAGAGACAUCUUAUCAAAGCUUAAAUACAAAUAAAUAAGAGUGGCCGAUUAGAACGACAGCGAAAACUACGUAGCAAAAACGCGAGGCUUCGAAAGAAACAGCCUCCAUUAGUUUUGGAGACCUAGAGAAAAACUACUCUUAGCUAGCGUUUGCUAUUGGGCGGCUCACAAAAACCUGUCAGAAAUCAACGGAAGAAAAUUGAUGUUGGAGAUAUAGUAUCUCAAAGGAAACAUAAUUUCUAUUUUAGUGGAUGUCUCUUCCUACAUAAUCUUCCGCUAUUUUUAACUUUAAUACACCGGGUUGAGUCGCUUCCGUUAAAUGGUUUUGUAAGAAUAAGCAAUAGUGUUCAGUGAUGUCGAUAUUGUAGUUAGGUUUGCGUAAUGCACACUUUCAAAGGGUAUCGUAAAUGUAGAGAAUUAAUACUACUUUUCCUUUACUCAAAAACUUGUUUGUUCGUUUUUUUUUUAUCUAUGUUAGUACGACAGACAAAGUCAGUUACCGCCAACACACCGAUGAUUUGGAAGAGCUUGAAAGAAAACUGGCUAAAAGAAUUGACGAUAAGGUGCAGUGUACUUGUACUGCAAAAAUUAUGAUUGAUGAGUGCUUCCAUUGUUUAAAUCCGAACUUUGGAAAUCCGCUGUGGUGUCGUACUUUGGUGACAGCGAAAUGUGGUCACAAAAAUUCUAACUUAGAGGUUUCAGUUUUUUAUUUUUUUAUUUUUAAUUUUUUGUUUGAAUUUGCACAUGCAGUAAUCUUCGUUUCCCUAAACGCCCAAACAGAAAUCAGGUAGGAAAAAGAGGUUUAUGUGCGUGGUUCUGAUAAGGUUCAACCGAGACAUUUUAAUAUCUGUUACAGCGCCAAAAGGCAUUAUUAUCACUGCUGAAAAGUCUUCAUUAUCGCUUUUUUCAGUUUGCAAGUCUUGAUCGAAAAAUUAUCGAGCUGUAUGACGACUUGAUGAGCCAAGUAUCCCAUACAUCAGCUUCAAAAGGUAAACAAGUAAAACCAGUUUUUAUUGCUGGCUCUUUCUCCACGUGUCUUUUCUCCGAGUUCAAGAGGCUUAUAUUUUAACCAUUCUACGUAAUAUUUAUUUUCUUUUUAUAAUCAGUCAUAUAACAGACGAAGAUAUUUUUUUAAGUUGUGGGCAAAUUUGGCUGAGUCGCGAAUUUACUUGUGAGCUUGAAACUGGUCUAUAUGUCAUUGCAAGUCAUGCAAUCUUUCCUAUUUGUAUUUCUUUGAGUGACUGAGAUAUGAAGUCCUCAUCGUAACGCAAAAGGGUCGCAGCUAUUUUGAUAAAAAAGGAAAAGAACUGAUGAGCCAACAACAACGGCCAGGUAAGCGGAAUCCGGCGGAAUACUGGGGAGAGUCUCUUACUAUAUGCGUCUGAAACCUCAGUUCCCUCUUACCCUUGAUUGGUUUAAACUCAAACUGGACGAAGAAACGCUCCUCGUUCUCAUUGAAAGCGAAUGCUUUCUUCCUUCAGACAUCUGAGAACGCUCUGUUGAUUAGACACUCCGUUUGUGGUGUAUACAGGUAAAAAUUAGUCGGCUUUGGCGUUCUUGGAUGAAAGUGUUAGCGGAAGUAAAAAUGUCUUUCCCCACAUGUCUUCAUUUCAGUUUCGGACGAGAAGAAGACAGGAAAACAAGAUUCCUUAGGGAAACUUCAUUCAAAUGUGGAUUCGCUCUCAGAACAGGUUGGGGAUUUAUCAAGAAAUUAACGACCAUAACUGAAUACAAAAACACAUUCCCACAAUUUGUUCUGUUUUUCUCUUCUUUUUCUUUAAUUUAUGUACAUAGCUCCUGUAUAUGAUGGAUAAGAUUCAAACUUGAUCAAAGAGCACUCUUGUUUGGCUUUAGGGCUUAAUGAGACGGUACAGGACAACCUAUGUACGCAGAUGACUCGUUCUUAGUUCUUCAUUUAUUCCUUGCAAUACGUUGAUUAUUAUCAUUUGUAUAAGGCCAUGCUCCUGAUCACCGAGAGUUCUUUUCAUGUGUACAGAAGAUCUGUUUUUUUCGGUUUAAAAGUAAUGGCGUUCUCCCUUACGAAUAAUGAUAUCGCUAGUGUACAUGCUACUGGAUUCGUCCAAUUUGCACCGUGCCCUGGCCGAAUAAAGUACUCAGUUUAUAUCAAACCAGUUUGUUGUCUUAAAUUAUAGAAGUCUGGAACUCUCUCUCAAAUAACUGAGUCAACUCUAUACAAAAGAAACAAGUUUGUACCAUUCCAUUUGUUUAAGUAAAAAUAUUACUGUUUCUUAAGAUGGGAAAUUCUCAUUGUUUUGUUUUCGUAGAAGUGAAAAGUGGUCAAGCCCUUUAUUUGAUAAACUAAGAUACUUUUUCUUUAAUUUCGACCAUUUAUCGGCUCUUUGGACACGGGAGACAUGGAACUGUGAUUUAUGGUAACUUGUCAGGUUAUUUGAAAUCACCUUAAGUUAAAGUGUUUUCUUUUUCUUUCUUAAAGUUUGCCAAACAAAAUGAAAAAGUUAAACACAUAGCGAAAGGUAAGUCUGAGGGGACGGUCUGGUGUAAGGUAGAAUUCCAAGACGAUAUUUAACGCUUAAAGAAUGUGACAGCAAGUCAUAAUCUCAAAAAAAAGCCGACAGGAGGUUUGGCGAAAUGAUGUUGGCAAAGUAAAACAAAAACCCCAAGUCUGCUAGUCAUCUCUACUUGUGGGUCACAACCUUACAUCACUAAGGUUAACGACCAUACAACUUUGAACGCUAAAUUUUAAAGGUUGACAGAUCGUGACGCAACCGCUUUCAAUUCGAGAGAAGGAAGAAGUAGUGUUCUGUUCAUCGAACUCUUUCAUGUAAACGCACCGGGUUACUUUUGACUGAAUCAGAAAUGUAGCCGUUGUUGAGAUCUACGCGGGAGGGUCUUUCAGGAUUAUUUUGAGGGUCACGAUAAUUCUCGUUGGGUUGCUUGUUUUUAUAACUUCUCUUCUUCACUGAUUUUCUUCCUCAGGAAUGUCAGAGUUGGACGGCAAAGUAGCUCACCUUAAACAGGACAUGUCGCUCUACAGACGUCAGGUGGACGGCAACAAACGAGGCGACGAUGAGGUGUGGUCAUCUGUUAAACCGAUAUUUUCUCGCUUCGAAAUUUCCAAUGAUCAUAUUUUAGUGUAGAUAUUUUACAGGGCUUAGCCGCCUAUGUGUUCUUGAAUGUUAAAGCAGCAUAACUACGUUGGCUCUUUAUUCUGUAGCUCGUGUCCUUGGUCGCAGAACAGCUUAUAGGGAAUGAGGACAUUACUGGAUGGAAAGUGGCACUGAAGGAGAUCCACGCAGCUCUCAAUAAACAGGUGAUUCAAGUUAAUGUUUCCCUGUAUAUGUGUGAUAUUGACCCGAGAAGAAGAGGAGUUUACUUCGUUUUGUUUUGGGUUUUUUUUUGUGUGUGUGCGGAGUCAGAGCGGGUAAUCCCGAAUGGUAAGGAUGAUCGAAGUAAAUCGUACAAUAUGAUAAGUUGCACAGGCGAGUCGCUCAGGUAACUAAUUAAAAGCAAGAGAAUAUAAACUGCAGUUUCUAGACUGUUGUUAAAAUACAGCUCUCGUUUUCUCUCGCCGGCUCGCGGAGUCAUCCAAAAAAAUGAAUUCAUCUUGGUAACUACGCUAAUUUAACAGCAUCUGGAGAUGGUCGUUAGUCUAAAUUGAAAAUAUUUCCCACACACAUUGAUAUUCUCCAUAACAUUAUUUUUGCUUUGUUCAUGAAGUCUGAAAUCAACACAUCAGUGCACCAUUCAUAUGCAACGCUCGACAAACGGACAGAGGCUAUCAGUCAGAAAGUCCAACUUCAUGGAAGGUAAGGUCACUUGGAAUUAAACAACACUGCAAGAUUGAUUCAUUCAUUACUUUGAAGAAGUAGGAGGGGACUCCUCUGGGGGAUUCUAAUGCUGAGAAUAUUUACUACAAUAGUACUGACCUUGAAUUAAAUAGUGAUCUCUGCAGUUAUGAACGCUACUUACGCAGUAGUAAAAAUAAAGUAUGAAAAAAAUUCAAGCCUGUACGGGAGUUGAACCCAUGACCUCAACGAUAUCGGUGUAGUGCUCUACCAACUGAACUAACAAGCCAACUUGGAGCUAAGCGCGCCAUGUAAACAUGUGAUUAGUUCCUCUGUACCACUAGAUAUCUUAUUUGCAUUUUAUUCUGAGAGCUGUGUAACGACCAAAAUUGUUAUUUUGCCCAAAAAUUUGUGAUGGUUCAAACUACUCACUUUCUCUGUUUUGUCGCGACCUUAUAGGACUUUUCUUUUGUUUCUCUCAAGCUACUCCUUCAUGAGAUCAGCUCUCUAUUUUGGUCCGGAGGCAAGAGGCCUUAUUUGGCUCACUAGGCCUUAUUCCCAAUGUUACCGACACCUUCCAUCUUAGAAAACGCAAGGUGUCUACGUGAAGGAAAAAAGUGAAAGAAACAUUUUGUAGUAAAAGCUCCGCACGGAUAAAAUGUUUUACAGAACAACUUAACAAAACUAUCAAAGGAAUAGGGACAGAGGAAAUGACAGCCACGAUUGUUCUCUGCUUAUUUGGUUUUGAUCAUAUUAUUUGGUUCAGAAAUUUACCUCAAAUGCCUUGGUAUUCAAAUAGUAUAACGUGGCUACAACUCCAGAGUAGUAGCAAUAACAGUUACAUUACCUGUUUUGAAAAAUUAUUGUGUGGAGUAAUGAAUUUCACGUGUGCAUUUAACCUUUUAACUCUCAGAUCAAAUUUGUAAUUUCCAUUACUGUCAACUAGACAAUUAUUAUAAUGUUAGUUCAGAGAGUCAACUAAUUAUCCUCAAAUUGAUAUUUUUCUUUAUUCUCAUCCCUUAUCUGGUUGAUAUUGUAUUGAUAUUGUAAGGAGAAAUUCUGUCUUGGUCACUCAUGGGAGUUAAAGGGUUAAAGAGAAGUCGUUGUGGAUUACAAAAACGCUUUAGAAUGAUGAAAAAGUUUUGGAUCAAGGCUAACAUGGCUGAGGGGUGCAGUAAAGGAAUUGGUAACAAAAUCCUUGAAUGAUCAUUAAUUUGUACCAUUCAAUGGUUGAUUUCAGGUGGCGCUGGAGCGGCGUGUCAAAUUUGUACCCAAGGGCACAUUCGUGUGUUGCAGAUCAACACACAGACGAUAUAAACUUUACUUCUCAGAUACACAACACUGAAUCACGGAGCUUGGUUUGGGAGAAAGGCAAAUCAUAUGUGGUAAUAACGACAGGAGGGUGUUACUGGUAAUUUUUUAUUUCAGUUUCUCUUUUGAUCUCAGUAGAAUCAUUAUACGACACUUUUUUAAUCAGGUGUGCCAUGGGUUGUUGGUCGGGGUUUCUGAGAAGAGGUGUAUACUACAUGCCUCUACUAAGAAGCCCCUACUAUAAUAUUACUUCAGGUUUGUGGCUUACAAUAGUCUUGCUUACACGCCGUUUCAACGUGAAAUUCCUCUCGGAAUUACCGUAAAAUCCCCAACACGUUGGAACGUGCAGCCUUUUAACUCUCAAAAUCUAGAAGGGUUUUCACCCUACAAAGAACCUUGAAUGGUUUUUGACCAGAAAAUUUGAUUUUACAUCAAAAAUUCAAACCUUCAAUUAUAAAUAACGUAAUUCUCAUUACCUUUUUGCUUGACAGCGUAUUAGUAUUGCAAGGAAGAUUACUAGCCGUUUUUGAUUGACUUAAUUCAUUUUUCACGAAAAAUCAAAUGGGUAGAAUACUAGAAUUUAAACUGUUCCUUCAUACAAAUUCAACUUUUCACUGCCUCAUGUAAGCAUCGUGUUUUAUCUUUCUAUCAGGCUCUCAGUGGGUGCCUUCUCCAAGAAGACGACAACACCACCCUCCCUACAAGUCACUAUUGAUGAAGAACCCGUCCCCCUGGUAGGUGAAAAUAUAACAUUGUUAAUCAACUGUUUCUUAUUAAACAGUUUUUCCUGUGAGUUUUCGGGAACUUUCAGUCCCAAGCAUUGGUUUUCAAUUCUGACUCGUAUCCAGUCGUCUCUUCUUGGUCCAUAUAAGCGUAAGAGUGAGACAAGGAGAUGGAAGGAACGAAGAGAACAAUGGGAUGGCAGCAGGAUAUAGGAAGAGUCACUUUCCUCUUUCCCCCAUCUGUCCCCGCAUACUUUCCUUAGAGGCGAGCUGGCGACAAAUAAACUCUUACCAUGAAUAGUCGAAAGAAGUAAAUUUUUGUGAAGAACUUGACUAGUUGUAGCCUUGGUCUUCAUCAAGGCAAACAAGAAAGUGGCAAGACAUUGUAGCACCACCUUCUCCGGCUAUUCUUUUCCGCGAUUCUCUUUUCCUUGCACAUGACAACCCUGAAAAGCAUUGUUGGUAGUUUUCAGGUCACGGUUCCUUGACCUCGGGAUUUCAGGGAAAUCCACGAAAACAUCACUGUAAGGAAGAGGCUUAGACUUAGGGGGUUUGAUUAAUUUAUUUUCUUUGCAACACUGAAUUUUAACUAUAACCUUCAUGAAAAACGAAUAGAAGAAUGAACUGACCCUAAUGAACGACAACAGCGAUGUAAACUCAACAAGGGCGAAUUCGAAGUGACCUUGCUAUUUUAUUCACGUGCAUGUCGAUAUUUUUCCCCGUUUAUUUGUCCUUCUGUCCAUAUUUAUUUGUUCCACUUAUCAAAAUUCAUUUAUUACCGGAUACCCAGAUUACCUUUCGAGAUUCUCACUUACAUUUCGUUCUUUUUCCGACAACCUUUCUGCAAACAGCUGUAAACACAGACGUGGAUGCAACCAACAACCCCUUCGACAAAACUUAAGCCCAUGCUUCAAACGUUGGUGGCAUCUCGACAAUUUUAAUGGUCUUUUUCUUCAGAAUUUACCCACAUCACUUUCAUCGUCAACUGCAGUGUAGCUUGUUUAGUUAAGUUUUUUUUCCUUCUGAAAAAAGUUUGAUCUUGUUAUGUGUUUCUGUUUUGUUUUGUUUUCUUUCCUGGUUUUUGAUGUUUUGGUAGAAUCUGGAUACAUAUACUUAUCCAGUUCACCUGUCAUGUCAUUUGCAGUUUAACAGUUCCGGUAAAUCACCAACUCAUCACAGAAUAAGUGUCAUUUCCUCUGCUCCAAAAUACCAACCUUCCGCGGCUAGAUUGAAAGGAGAAGGAACCGGUUCGUGGAGACCUGGUAAAUAACGGUGUUGUUGAGUAGAAUCUUCUCUGUUGACUGCCUCGGUAGAAAAUAAUUCUCAAUUGAGUGAGAAAAAUAAACCAGGACUGCAUCGUUGUUGUGCACACCUCAACCAAUGAGAUUCAAAACUGAGGCCAGAAGCGACACUGUCACACGCACUUUCCUUUACUUGCGGUUACAGUUACACUUACUGAAGUUUGAGCUCACAUUGGCUAUUCGUGAGGUUCAUCUUUGUUCUGAUUGAGCACUUUGAUCACUUUGACUUUCGUUUCCCGGCCCUCUUUCAGAAUGCGCUCCAAUCAGAAAUUCAAACAAAUCUUAGGCAUGAUGGCUUGUGUUAGCUUGUUUUGACGUGGUCAGUGUAUUUCAAUUUCUUUUCAUUGAUUCAUUCUUUUAAGGCUCUAUUCUCACGGGCGCAGUACUGAUUCCCGCUCAUAGUAGAAUAAGCAUCAGCCCAACAAGCACCGCACCAGGGACACGAUUGAGUGUGGAGGGAUACUUGGAGUUGUUAAAGAUGUACUAAAGAUACAAGACAUACUGAUCUUACAAUCUGGACACAACUGUUUUACUUAAAGAAACGAUGUGACUAUAUUUUGAUUCAUUUUGAGUCAUAAAAUCGUCUUUGAAUAGAUAGAAAUCGUGAAAUAAUCGUCAUAUGGGGUAGGUAAACAAUAGAGAGAAUAGGAAGAAUUCAAGAAUAAACUGAGCUUUAAGGAAGAUGGGCUACGAUAGAUUGGAUUCACACGGGUGACAUUCGAUGAACUUGUCUGAAAAUGCAAGCUACAUUAUGUCAAAAUGGAAAAACUCCCUUAAAAUCAGGUCCAAUUGCACUAGAAUCCCACUUUUUUAAACCUUCUGAAUAAGGAUAAAAGAAUUCGAUUUGAUCAUUUAUCUGUGCGAAAACAGCACUUGAACUUGAGGGAAGGAGAAGCGAAUUUUGGUUUGAAUUAUCGUACUGUUUGAGAAAAGGGCACUCUGAUGUAGUUUCAUUAUAAAAUUUUCGCAUCGUGCCUCUCUACAAGUGAAUGUAGAGUUCACGCAAAUUCCAAAACGACGUAGUCAACGCUCCGUUAACUUGAUCCGUCAAAACAAUAUGAUGCCCGGUAUUCAUGUUUUUGUUGAUGUUAACACAGAAAUUCCUCUUAGUCUCAUUAACUUGUAUUUCUUUUAACAUUUCAUUUCCCAUCCAAAGCUGUUGGAGAAUCUCAAACAUAUCAAGUAUAACCUCUCUUUUCCGUUGGUCAAAAGAGAUUUUAUUAUCCUUCUCUGUAGGAAUUAAGGCUGAUGUUACCAUACUUUCUUCAUUUCCUGUAGGUCAGAAGUUAUUGUUAAGCUUAGUUUGUCAGAACUGGCCAUGAAUGGAAUUGAUUGAUUAUAAAUACCAACAGAGAUGGCCCUUUCUUUGACAAGGGUCUGACCCCAAACAGCACUAAUAUUUCACUACAGAAUUUUCGCCAAACGAUUUGCAUAUUAAGUACCCAGUAUUGCAGCAAUGGUGCAAACUAAUUUAAAUUCUUCAGGAAUUGAAAUCACAUGAAAAAAGCACAUCUCACUCCACUCGUCAGGGGAGUCCAUCUGGAUUUCAUUUACAUCGUCAGAGAUCAGCUCUUUAGUUCGGCCAGACAUGAUGAGUGAAAAACACCCCAGGGUUGGACUAACUGUUCGAACAGGUCAACUACGGAGCAACUAGCUUUCAUUGCGCAUGCGCUAGCCUUCAUCCAGCGCCGAAGGGUCCACUGAAGGUCGCGCCAAGGGACGUCCUGAGUUAGCGCUUGAUAUUUAGAUAUAUGCGGACGAAUGGGUGGGCUUAAAAAAUAUUCGUGUAAAUAACUGAAAACGCAAAUUUGCGUUUUUCUUGCUUAUAGUUAAACGUAAACCAGAGAUUUAUUUCGUUAUAAGGAAAAUUUUAAAUUAACUAUAAUAUACAGUGCA